GCAGCCAGCCUCCCGUCUGCAGACCUCCCGGGAGUCUCCGAGCUCUCCGCAGGUCCAGCAGCAGCUCUUGGUGGGAGCAGGUGUUUCCAGAACAGAGCCCGAGAGCGGAAGUUGUGAACGUGCCCGGCUCUUGGCGACCAAAGUAGGUGGCCUUUCCCGGGGGACCCCGGGGCCUGGGGGUGGCCGGUGAGCUGUAAGGCCGGAGGCACAUCCUGGCGCAGGUUAGGAGCUUAAUCGAAGUUGGAAGGAACUAGAAGAGACGCCCGGGUCUUGAGAGAGACAGGGAAUCGCGACAUCUCAGAGUCGAAGCAGGGAGCGUGGAUUCUGUCUACAGUCUAUCCAGCCAGGGGUGAGGUCAGCGUGAGGAAAACGUCCCAAAGGCCAUGAUCAUCACAACACACACAGAAGAAUUAUUUGACCAAGUACGACACUCAUAUAGACUAAAAAUCCUAUGAAGUCUAGGCAUAGAGGAGCUGUUAUAAAAUGUCUCCAUCCAUUGAUAGCAGAAAAACCUGGAAAGACUCACAUGAACUGAUGUAUAGUGAAGUGAGCAGAACUGGGAGGACAUUGUGCAUAGUGACAGCAGUAUUGUGAAUGAUGCUUCCUGGGUGAGAAGCAUGACCGCCUCUUCUCAGGGGCCUUGGGUGGCUGUGGAGCCGGAAGUGGCCCCGGGGGAGAGAAGCUCUCCUUGCAGGACGUAGCCGAACUGAUUCAGACCAAAGCCUGCCAGAGGGUGGUGGUGAUGGUGGGUGCUGGGAUCAGCACCCCGAGUGGGAUCCCAGACUUCAGGUCUCCGGGAAGUGGCCUCUACAGCAACCUGGAGCAGUAUGACCUCCCCUACCCUGAAGCCAUCUUUGAACUGGACUUCUUCUUUCACAACCCCAAACCCUUCUUCACUUUGGCCAAGGAGCUCUAUCCUGGGAACUACAAGCCCAAUCUCGCCCACUACUUCCUCCGCCUGCUUCAUGACAAGGGGCUGCUUCUGCGGCUCUAUACCCAGAACAUUGAUGGGCUGGAGAGAGCAGCUGGCAUCCCUGCUACAAAACUGGUGGAAGCCCAUGGCACCUUUGCCUCUGCCACUUGCACUGUCUGCCGGCAAUCAUUUCCAGGGGAGGAAUUUCGGGUGGAUGUGAUGGCUGACAGGGUCCCCCGCUGCCCCAUCUGUACAGGGGUCAUCAAGCCUGACAUCGUCUUCUUUGGGGAGCAGCUCCCACAAAGAUUCUUCCUGUACAUGGCUGACUUCCCCAUGGCAGAUCUGCUCAUCAUCAUUGGGACCUCUCUGGAGGUGGAGCCUUUCGCCAGCCUCUCUGAAGCAUCCAGGAGGUCUGUCCCUCGAGUGCUGAUCAAUCGGGAGCUGGUGGGACCCUUUGCUUGGAGGCCUCGUCACAAUGAUGUGGCCCAGUUGGGAGACAUCAUUGGCGGGGUGGAGGCCCUGGUGAAGGCCCUGGGCUGGACCAAGGAGAUCAAGGACCUUGUCCAAAGAGAGACCAACAAGGACAUCCUCUGAGAGGCGGUGUGGAUGGACCAGGAUCCAGGGUGGGUCUGGUGCAGUUCAUGCUUGCCCAGACCCCACCACUGCCACCUCCAGCCCAGGGCUCUAGCUGCAUCCCUGCCACUCCCUUCCUUCGUCUGAGUCAUGAAUUCAGGAUCUCUGGUGGAAGCCUUGUCUCUCAAUAGUCAAUAAACAUUUAUUAAGCAUCUACAAAGGGCUAAGCACGGACA